AUGGCGUAUCAACAGCAACAGCAAGCCAGCAACUACGCGCACCCGCAACAGCAGUACCAGGCCGCCGGUCGACCAAGUCAGCGACAGCAGCAGCAGCAGUAUCAGGGCUACGACGACCACUAUGACCAGCAAUAUUAUGAUCAUGGUUAUGACCAGCAGGGCCAGGAGCAAUGGGGCAACGGCCAUUAUGACCAACAAGGAAAUUGGGGAAAUGGACAGCAACAUGACGGGUACCAAGACAUGAACGCCGGUUACAGACAAGCCCCACCGAAUCAGCGUCGUGCGCCGCCACCGCAGCAACUUUCACAGCAACAGCAAUAUUACCAGGAAGACGCAUACAACAACCCAUACUACGAACAAUCACCACCGCCGCAGAAUCAAGCAAGACGUCCGCCUCCUCAGAACCCACGCGCUCAGCAGCAGGCCUACAAUGAGCCACCACAGCAGCGACAAGACCCACGGGGCAGAGGAGCAGGUCGAGGAGAUGGGCCUCCACACCAAGGACGAGGGGGAAUGAGAGCUCCAGGCCUGGACCGUUCGUUACUGAACAUGCCAGCCCCCAAAAGCCUUCCUCAAGACAACCCUUUCCCGACUUUCCCCACGCAAAAACCCAACCAAGGAGCCCACCAAACCGCCAUCGACCAGGGCAUGGCACAGAUGAACAUCAGCGACAACGGGCCGCAGGCGGCAACUAGGGGUCCGCCAGGGCGUGGGCAACCCAUAGCACAACAGAAUCGGGCUAUGCCGCAGCCAAGGCCAGGUGUCAAUGCCCGCCAGGAUUCAGGCAACUUUGAGAGCCAGAAUCAGCGCCAGGCCUCGAACCGGAUGCCACCAGGUCAGCGGCCAUCUCCGGCAAACGUUGAUACUAGCCGAGGACAGCUUCCGCACCGCGUUUCCGAUCCCAUGUCUCCUUCACGGCGAGCCUUUGGUCCCAACACACAACGUUCAGUGACGAUGCCCCAGUCUCUGCCAAACGGAGGUCAAGCAGGCGGUUACGACGGCUACCAGGACUUUGCUAAUCCUGGUGCUGCGCCUGGCUACUAUGGUCCUGGUUCGCCAACCUAUGUCCCGCCCAGGCCUUCGACUGCCGGUGGAGUGAGACAGAAUGGGCCACCGAUCCAGCAUGGACAAAGGCCCCCGAUGCCGCAAAUGCCAUCCCAGCAACAGCAUUCACGACCACAGCAGCAAUACCCCCCGCAAAAUCAACAACAAGCUCCAAACCAGUAUCAACAGGCACAAGCCGACGAACAGGAGGGGCUCAACACCUUCUACGACGACUACUACGGUGAACCCGAUCGCAAGAGCUUAAAUUCCGCAAUAGAUAUGCCCGACUUUGACGCCAUACCAGAAACGGACAACAAGCAUCGUAGAGGUGAUUCAAUUGAUAAACACCUAUCUCCCAACUACAACAAACCCGCUUAUGCACCUGCCGCCUCCGCCGGGCCUAAUGGCGCAUCCCAGGGUCAAAUGCUGAGAAGUCGAUCCCAGCCCGAUCUUAAUGGCCAGUACGCAAAUGCCGCACACCAGGUAGCUCCAGAUGCUCCUCCAAUGCCAGGUUUGCCCAGGGCAAAUACUGGAUUCGCUGGUCCGAAUGGCUUACCAAAUGCCUCUCGAGCGCGUGGGCCACCCCAAAGAGGUAUGACAACAGACGCUGACGCACGAACGAAGAACAAAAAUCGGGAAAAGUUCACCCAGGAAGCCUACAAGAUUAUUAAGAAGCUCGUCAGCGCCGGUUCUCCGGAUGCCAUGUUCUACCUUGCAGACUGCUACGGCCAAGGACUCCUCGGUCUCCAGGUUGACACCAAAGAGGCAUUCACGCUUUAUCAAUCGGCCGCUAAAGGUGGCCAUGCAGCAAGUGCGUAUCGUACAGCUGUCUGCUGUGAGAUGGGUCAUGAAGAGGGUGGUGGAACAAAGAAGGAUCCAGUCAAGGCCGUGCAGUGGUAUCGUCGUGCAGCCACACUGGGCGACACACCUGCGAUGUACAAGAUGGGUAUGAUUCUUCUCAAAGGACUCUUGGGCCAACAGAAGAAUGUUGGUGAAGCCAUCACUAUGCUCAAGCGAGCUGCUGAGCGCGCCGAUCGAGAUAAUCCACAUGCGCUUCACGAGCUAGCACUCAUCUACGAGGCGCAAACUGGCAGCGAACGCGCAAUCCGAGACGAAGCAUACUCACUACGGCUAUUCCGUCAAGCAGCUGACCUUGGGUACAAAUUCUCUCAAUUCCGUCUCGGACAAGCUUACGAAUACGGGCUGCUUGGCUGUCCAAUUGACGCGCGCACAAGUAUCGCUUGGUAUACCAAAGCUGCUGCCCAGGAAGAACACCAGAGUGAGCUCGCACUGUCAGGUUGGUACUUGACAGGUACCUCCGGUAUUCUUGAACAAAGUGACACCGAAGCCUUUCUCUGGGCGCGUAAGGCGGCCUGUGCAGAGCCACCGUUACCAAAGGCGCUUUUCGCCAUGGGUUAUUUCACAGAAGUGGGUAUAGGGUGUCCACGGAGUCUUGACGAGGCGAAACGGUGGUAUGGAAGAGCUGCUGCGUACAAAUUCCCCAAAGCACAAGAGCGCCUUGAAGAGCUCAAGCGUGGUGGUAGCAAAGUACAGAUGAAGCGUGAACGCCUUAGCAGGACAAACCAGAAGCAACAGGAAGAGAAUUGUGUUGUCAUGUAG